GCGGGCGGCGGGUGACGCGCGACGCGGCGGCGGCGGCGAUGACACAGCAAGGGGCGGCCCUACAGAGCUACAACAACGAGCUGGUCAAAUGUAUUGAGGACCUCUCCCUCAAGCGGGACGAGCUGAGCAAGCAGAUCCGCCAGGAGGAGGAGGAGAAGGGCAAGCUGCAGAACGACAUCCGGAUCUUGACGGACAAGCUGUCGCGUGUCAACGAGAGCCUGGCCAGGAAGAUGGCGUCGCGCAACGAGUUUGACCGGACCAUCGCUGAGACCGAGGCGGCUUAUAUGAAGAUUCUGGAGAGCUCCCAGACGCUCCUCAACGUCUUGCGCAAGGAAGCCAACAACCUGGCCAAGGCCACCGAGGCCAAAAGCCCCAAGGAUACCUGAACUCGCUGGGCACCGCGCUACGACUCCCGACCUUUGGCCAGGCUGGCCCUCGAACCUGGCACCGGGGCAGCU